AUAGUUUAUGGCAUCUUGGGAUAUCAUAGUGACGUUCCACCUAAUGUGAGGGAUAAAAAAUCUGAAAUAACCAAUGGUACUCUUAAUUUCCUCACAGUAGGUAAGUUAAAAUGACCAAAGAGUUAAGAUACAAGAUGCAGUUGAUGAUGAUAAUCCUAUUACAAAGAAAGUGUUUGAUGAUAAAACUAAGAGUGUUUAAUUUUUUUACUGUAAUAGCCUUUCACAUAAGAAUAGUCAAAUAGUAGGAUUGCUCACGAGUGGAGCUAGUGAUUUAAUAUCAAAUAGCGCCCAUUUCUCUUUCAAAACAGCAACUGGUCAUGUAACUCUUAAUAUAUCUCGUAUUAAUGAAAUCCAUUUUUAUUGUUUAUCUCAUUUGUGUAACAGCUGAAUUUGAAGUAAGGAUUCAAACAGCUCAAGAAAUGUCCGAUGGUGGUUCUUACAAUCAGAUUCUUAUUAAUAAAUUGGUCAAACAAGUAUACUCAUGUAUUAUAUAUGCGUAUUUUUGCUGCUACUGAUACAAGACAAAACAGAGUAAUCUGUAUACGUGGUCCAGCAGGUUUUGGAAGGUCUGAGAGGAUUGAAGGGAGACACUGGGCCACAGGGUCCAAAAGGUGACAAAGGUGAUAAAGGAGAUUUUGGGUCUGAUGGAAAGACUGCAAUGGCUGCUGAUUUGAAUAUGGCUACUAAAAAAAUAAUCCAUUUAGCCACACCAAGUGAUGCUAACGAUGAUGUAAAUAAAUCAUACGUGGACACACAAACAAACAAUUUCUUGAAAACUGAUUGAACAAAACCAAUGUCCGCUGAUUUUAAUAGGUCCAAUUUUAAAAAAUAAUCAAUUUAGUACAACAAUAAACGGUAAUGAUGCUGCAAAUAAAACAACACAGGUAAUUGAACCUGUAUACGUUUUUAAAUCGUGACAUGGGACAAGAUAAUGAGGAGGAAACCAAAUUCUUUAAAUCAAGAUCAAAAUAUGGUGUUUUUAAUUACUUACAUUUCACGUUUGACGUUGAUGGAACAUAUGAAUUUUAUUACAGAUAUGUUUGCAAGAGGCCUGAACCAAGUUUCUACUGUAUAGCACGUGAUACUUUUAGAUCCAUUAGAAAGCAAUACACUGUAUUCACACAAAAUACAAACAAUAAAUGGAUAGAUGGUACUUUUUUGGGAUAUUUGGAGCAUUUACUGGUCAUUCCACACCAUUUGGUGUGGAUAGUGGCACCCUCGAUGGUGGGUUUUAUGCUAAGUUCAUGAUAAAGGAAUAUCUGAUUAAUGUAAACAUGCCAUAUAUGAGCUUGAAAAAGAGGACUGUUAUAUGGAUAAAUCAUUAAACAAAAAGGUAACUAAUAAAAAAAAAUUACACAAAUACUAUCAUAAGAAGCUUCGGUUGUUUAAUAGAGCCAAAAGAGGUUCAAGACACUAGAUCUGUUAUGCAAUUUAUCAUCAUCUUGUUUAAUAGUAGGUGGUACUAUAGCUGGAGGGGCAACUACGAGUCCCAUCGUAGUUGGCAUUAUACCUGGUAGUGCAUUGAUGUUAAAAACGUACUGUGAAAUGAAAGAUUUUAAAAAGAAGAUCGAA